UGGGCCCUAUGAUACCAAAAACAAAAGAGGAAUUUAUUUACAAGAUCCUAGAUGCAGAUGGAUCUAUUUAUAGACCUAGAGUGGUAGCUUCGCGACGAGACCCAGAUGGCAUCCUCUUAAAUGUGCUUGUGGAUAGUCCUGGUGAGAUUAAUAGAGAAACAUGUGCACGUGGUGUACAGGCGGAAGACCAUGAUUACUGGCAAAUUGUCUUACCGGAUGUCCCUGAGGAGAAGGAAGUGGGAGGCGAUCUGGAGAAUCCAAAUCCCUUGUGCAGUGGCACCCCACAGAUACCUGCUGCUGAUCACAGCCCAGUGACUAAAAGACUGUUUGAUGUGAUACCUGAGACAAAGUUGAAAUACACUGCAUCAUGUGAAAGUUUGAACUCUGCUGGGAGGAGCCGACCUCUAAGUGAUGUUGUUGAGGCAGCUCAGCUGGUGGAAGUCUUGGCCCAAGUCGGUGAGAAUUUGAGACAGCUGGCAUACAAUGGAAAUUAUAAGAGACUAAAAAUAUUCUCAGGUAUGGAACCUACUCCUCCAGGUGAAGAGACCUUUGAGGCCUGGAGAGAUGCUGCUUUGGUUGCUAUUACCGAUUGGCCUGGCUCUGGUCCUGCUUUAUGUCGCAAGAUCCAAGAGAGUUUGCGAGGGCCUGCAUUGGACCUAAUUAAGCUCCACCGAGAGGUGUGCCCACAAGAUGGUCCUGAGAAGUUGAUAGAAGUACUGGAAGAUACAUAUGGACCGGUGGAAGAUGAAAUUGAAAUGUUGUACAAAUUUCAGUCUUGCAUGCAGAAAGAAAAAGAGAAUCUGUCUGAGUACUUGAAGCGACUGCAGCAAAUGCUAAAAUUACUUGUUUGCCGAAGAAUCAUUGCUACAGAUCGUGUUGAUUCUAUGAGGCUACAACAGUUAUUCAGAGGGGCUUUAUCUAUGGAUCCCACAGCUGUGAUGUUGAGAUCUUUCUACAGAGGAAAGAAAGAACCAACUUAUCAGGAGCUGAUCCGGGAGAUCCGAAAGGAGGAAGUUAAUGUUCUGCGACGAGAGAAGAAAAGUCGUGGUUCUGAAAGGACAUACAGUGAUUCGCAGAAAGCGGAAGAGAUUGCUGAGUUAAAAAAACAGGUUGCUCAGCUCAAGGCUCGUGUGUCCGAAAAGGAAGAGGGGUCAACUAUGUCUAGAACCUCUUCAUUUCCUAAAGCAGGUGGUGCUCGCGGUGACCCACCAAAGUGCUUCCGUUGUGGCCGGUUGGGCCAUAUAUCCCCACACUGUCCGACGCAACGUGAAAAUGCUGCAGCUACAGAAGUUAUUUCAUAUGGCUGUGAUGUGAGGAAGCCACCCCAAAAGAGGUAUCGGAAGAGACGUAAUCAGGUGAGGUGUUACACCUGUGGUUGGUACGGUCAUACUUCCCACACCUGUGACUGGGGACGGAAUGAAGACUUCACUGAUGUAUAUGUGACAUCUUUUCCAUGUGAAGUGGAUAUUUGUGAAGAGAAAUCCUGUGGCACGAGGAUGGUCUCUGAGCACUCUGGCACCCCCAAUAAAAGUAAGAGACUGGGCCUGGGAAUGCGUAGACCUUCAGGCAGGGGAAGUGUCAGGGCAGUUAGUGAGAAAGCUUUCCCCUGUGUAUCUCCCCCAAAGGUUAGGGAGAAUAAGAAUGGUGAGAAAGGGCAAGCGAGGACGUUGCCCAUUCAAGCAGGGGGAGAAUGUAGGGAGGUAGUGCUGGGUCCCUGCACUUAUCCCCCUCCUGCUGCUGUUCCCUGUAGGGGGAUCCGAAUGGGCCGACAGGAUACUGGAGAAAACCCAGUGCAGAUGCUCCUCCGCCACCCCCUCUUUUCCGAUCAAAGAGGAAGGAGCCAGAGGUUUAAGUAUGCAAUGUGGCGUGGUGGCAGCAAGGGGAGAGGGUAG